UUCUUAAGUUUCCCUCUCCAUUUUCCCGUUUCAGCCAAGAAAAAAAGAAAAAAGAAAACAAAUUAAAGGAAAAUAAAUCAAAAUUGGAAUCUGAUUCUUUCUUUUUGAAUUACUAUUAUCUUAUUUAAAUUAUUGAUUAAUCACUGUCAGAAUAUCCUUUGUCUAGCUUGGAAAACCGCUGCUGUUCGUCUGUUUAGCAGAUGUCGAUUUCAGUGGAUUUGUUGGAGGUAGUUGAAAACCGUCUGUGCGAAAAUGGAGUUUGUCAUGUUGAAUUGCUCCCUGCGAUCAAUGACGAACAUGGAGGUGUCAUUGUGGAACUGAAGGAGUAUAUGGACUCUGACACCUUUGCCACUCUGCUCAGAGCUUCCAUGCUGAAAUGGAAGCAACAGGUGAAGUUUGAGAUGGAUAUGUGCUUAUUGCUUUGCUGAAUGCCCGUUAAAAAGUUUGCUUAGAUGCUUGCUAGAAUUGAACAAUGCAAUUUAUAUGUGCAAGUUCUUAUUUGUUAGUUAUUUUGUAAUUUUGAUGGAACAUAGUUGGGAGACAAGUCUAAUAUUGAAUUGUUUUUAGCUGACCUCAACUUAUGAAUGUUCAUCCAGAGCCAACAAUUUUACUCUCGAGGAUUUUUCUGAAGUAGCAAAGUGGAAGUUUGGUUUUAGUCAGAUUCUGAACCAGCUAUCUAAGUGAUCGAUUGAUGUUUUGUGGUGUUUGUGAUGUGAAUAAAAUAAACAAAUCUUUACUUCAAUAAUUUCUGCUACUGUACAAUUGAGGAUUGUUGGUUGCAUAAUCAAGUUACUCAUCAUCCUCCAGAAAUGUGAUGAAAGGUCGACUUUUAAGUUUCUUUGUUUUACUUUUAUCAAUAUAUUCACAUUAUUUCGAAUUUAAUAUGCAGGGUAAAAGGGGAGUCUGGAUUAAAUUGCCUAUUGGAUUAGCACAUCUUGUUGAAACUGUAGUGAAGGAGGGGUUUUGGUACCACCAUGCUGAACCAAGUUACCUCAUGCUCGUUUAUUGGAUUCCUAAGACACCUAACACUAUCCCUGCAAAUGCAACACACCGAGUAGCUGUUGGUUCAAUUAUCUUUAAUGAUAAAAGAGAGGUGCUUACAGUUCAGGAAAAGAGUGGUCGAUUUCACGGAGCAGGCUUAUGGAAAAUUCCUACUGGAGUUGUUGAUGAGGGUGAGGACAUAUUUACGGCCGCUGAAAGAGAAGUAAAAGAAGAGACAGGAAUUGACACAGAGUUUGUGGAGGUCCUCGGAUUCAGGCAAUCACACAAGAUAUUCUUCGGCAAGUCAGAUCUACUUUUCUUAUGCAUGUUGCGUCCACUAUCGUUUGACAUCGAGACACAAGAGCUGGAAAUUGAGGCAGCUCAGUGGAUGCCAUUUGAAGAAUAUGCAGCCCAACCUUCCGGCCAGAAGAAUGAGCUUUUCAGAUACGUAAAUCAAGUAUGCUUAGCAAAGUUACACAGAGACUAUGGUGGGUUUUCUCCACAGCCUACCAUAUCAACGUUUUGUGACUGUGCCCAACCAACCUACCUUUAUUUGAACAACAAGGAUCUGGACAAGUCAAGAAUACCGAUCGUAUGUCUUACAAAUGCGGACAAUAAGUGGGAACACCGAUCCGAAUAGGCUCAAUUUAGACAAUAGCUUUGCUACAAGAAAUAAUACCACGAGGUAAUUUUAGCAUCUUUUCCUUUUGGGAUCAAUUUUCCUUGUGUUUUUGAUUUGUUGCAACAAUAUAUUGUAUUACCGUCAUCAAUAUAUGUUUGACUUAAAUGGCAGAAUUGCCUUUUUGUAUGAUUAGCCUGCUUGUUACAUAUAUUCAUGAAAUGAUGU